AUGUGGGCAAAAAAAAUGGAGAAUCCCAUGUAUUCCAGGGCAUCGCGUUGGAAGUUGCGGGGCGGCCGCGUUGCGACAACCAACAUGCUCAAAACGGUCACCCUUUGCGCCCUGCUCGCCAUUGGAGUCUUCGCCUCGGCGAAAUUCGAAGAAGAAGAGAGUGUUAUCGUUCUCACAAAGGACAACUUCGAUGAUGUCGUAGAGAACACCGAGUUCGUGCUCGUCGAAUUCUACGCUCCAUGGUGCGGACACUGCAAGUCUCUCGCUCCCGAAUACGCCAAGGCCGCCACUCAAUUGAAGGACGAGGGAUCCGCCAUCAGACUUGGAAAAUUGGACGCCACCGUGCACGGAGAUGUCGCCUCGAAGUUCGAAGUCCGCGGCUACCCAACACUCAAGCUCUUCCGCAACGGCAAAGCCACCGAAUACGGAGGCGGACGUGACUCUGCUUCGAUCAUUGGAUGGCUCAAGAAGAAGACCGGACCAGUUGCCAAGACCCUUGCCUCGGCUGAUGAGUUGAAGGACUUGACCGACUCCGCUGACGUCGUUGUUGUUGGAUACUUCAAGGCUGCCGAUAACGAGAAGGCCAAGGCUUUCCUCGAGGUUGCUGCCGGAAUCGAUGAUGUGCCAUUCGGAAUCUCUACUGAUGACUCUGUCAAGAAGGAGCUCGAGCUGAAGGGUGAGGGAGUCGUUCUCCUCAAGAAAUUCGACGAUGGAAAGGCUGUCUUUGAUGAGGAGUUGAAGGCCGACACACUCAAGAGCUGGAUCCAAGCCAACCGCCUCCCACUCGUCUCUGAAUUCACUCAAGAAACUGCUUCAGUCAUCUUCGGAGGAGAAAUCAAAUCGCACAACUUGCUCUUCAUCUCCAAGGAAUCGUCCGAGUUCGAGAAGACCGAGGGAGAGUUCAAGGCUGCCGCCAAGCAAUUCCAGGGCAAGGUUCUCUUCGUGUACAUCAACACCGAUGUUGAGGACAACGCUCGUAUCAUGGAGUUCUUCGGACUCAAGAAGGAUGAGCUCCCAGCCGUCCGAAUCAUCUCGUUGGAAGAAGACAUGACCAAGUACAAGCCAGACUUCGUGGAACUCACCACCGAGAACUUUGUCAAGUUCACCCAAUCGUACUUGGACGGAUCAUUGAAGGCUCACUUGAUGUCGGAGGAGAUCCCCGAGGAUUGGGACAAGUCGCCAGUCAAGGUGCUCGUCGGAAAGAACUUUGAUCAAGUCGCCCGUGACAACACCAAGAAUGUGCUCGUCGAGUUCUAUGCCCCAUGGUGCGGACACUGCAAGCAAUUGGUGCCAACUUGGGACAAACUUGGAGAGAAAUACGCUGAUCAUGAGAACAUUGUCAUCGCCAAGAUGGACUCCACUGUCAACGAGAUUGAGGAUGUGAAGGUCCAAUCCUUCCCCACGAUCAAGUUCUUCCCAGCCGGCUCAAACAAAGUUGUCGACUACACUGGUGACCGAACUCUCGAAGGAUUCUCCAAAUUCCUCGAAUCGGGUGGCAAGGCCGGAGCUGGAGACGCCGAGGAGGAAGCAGAUGAUGAAGAGGCUGAGGGAAAACACACCGAACUC